AUGAAAUUUGAAAAGUCUUGUUUCUCUGCUAGAGUUCUAGGAAUACCAGGAGUGCUAGGAAUAAUCAAUUUCCUAAUAGUAAAAUUACUUGUCAGUAUGGCAACUACUACUUCCGACCAUGUGCACCUACUUUAGGCAAUGUAUCUCACAUAAUAAUUUAGAUAUAUGCAUGGUUAAGACUUUAAGUUGUUCAGGUUUAGUUUCUCAAAAUUGUUAAUAAGGUUCAAAAGCAAGUGGAGAUUGUCAUUGUUAUGUUGA